CCCGCCCAGCUCGAUCCCUCCCGCCUUCGUUCCCUCCCUCCCCGGCGUUCGGGCCGCGCUCCUCGCUCUCGAGCUGCGGUCCCCGGCCGGCGGCCGCCUCCAGAGGAGGAGGUGGAGGGCGCCGGAGGUGCAGGCGGCGGCGGCGGCGGCGGCGGCGGCUGAGGAGGAGGCGGAGGCGGCCGCGGAGGCGGCGGCGGUAAGAUGGCGGACUUCCUGCCGUCCCGCUCGGUGCUGUCCGUGUGCUUCCCGGGUUGCCUGCUGACCAGCAGCGAGGCCGAGCAACAGCGCAAGUCGAAGGAGAUAGACAAAUGUCUAUCGCGGGAGAAGACCUACGUGAAGCGCCUGGUGAAGAUCCUGCUUCUGGGCGCCGGCGAAAGCGGCAAGUCCACCUUCCUCAAGCAGAUGAGGAUCAUCCAUGGGCAGGACUUCGACCAGCGGGCCCGGGAGGAGUUCCGAGCCACCAUCUACAGUAACGUGAUCAAAGGUGUGAGGGUCCUUGUAGAUGCUCGAGAGAAACUUCAUAUUCCUUGGGGAGAUAACUCAAACCAAGUCAAUGGAGACAAAAUGAUGGCUUUUGACACUCGAUCAGCUAUGGCAGCACAGGGAAUGGUGGAAACACGGGUUUUUUUACAAUACCUUCCUGCAAUAAGAGCAUUAUGGGCAGAUAGUGGUAUCCAGCAUGCAUAUGACCGACGGCGAGAAUUUCAACUGGGGGAAUCUGUAAAGUAUUUUCUGGACAACUUGGAUAAACUUGGAGAAUCUGAUUACAUUCCAUCACAGCAAGAUAUUCUGCUUGCACGGAGACCCACCAAAGGCAUCCAUGAGUAUGACUUUGAAAUUAAAAAUGUUCCUUUCAAAAUGGUUGACGUGGGUGGUCAGAGAUCAGAAAGGAAACGUUGGUUUGAAUGCUUCGACAGUGUAACAUCAAUACUUUUCCUUGUAUCUUCAAGUGAAUUUGACCAGGUGCUUAUGGAAGAUCGACUGACAAAUCGCCUCACAGAAUCUCUGAACAUUUUUGAAACAAUAGUCAACAACCGAGUUUUCAGCAAUGUCUCCAUAAUUCUCUUCUUAAAUAAGACAGACCUGCUUGAGGAAAAAGUGCAAAUUGUGAGCAUCAAAGACUAUUUCCUAGAAUUUGAAGGGGAUCCCCACUGCUUAAGAGACGUCCAAGAUUUCCUGGUGGAAUGUUUCCGUAACAAACGCCGGGACCAGCAGCAGAAGCCUUUAUAUCAUCAUUUCACCACUGCUAUUAACACAGAAAAUAUUCGACUUGUUUUUCGUGAUGUGAAGGAUACUAUCCUUCAUGAUAACCUCAAACAGCUUAUGCUACAGUGAUGUGCAAAAGACUUUAUUUUAAUACUCUUUUAUGUUUGUUUGUUUUCUGGGAUUUUUGUUGUUGUUGUCUAUUUUUAUAAAUAGCAGUUUACAACAGGGCUAAAAAACCUUAAUCCUGUGUCAGACUUUUGGAAAACCAUAGUUGUCUUCUGUGGACUUUGGUUUGUGGCUGAAAGCUGCUCUUAAUACCACAUUAUUGCCAACUUCUGCUCAGAUUCAGUCUUUGAAUCUUUUCCACUAUAGCUUCAAGUUAAAUCAAAUUGUAAUUCUGUAGCAGACCUCAAUUAACUUCAGGCUUCAAUCGCUUUCACUUUUCUAGUCUGAGUUAUAUUUCUGUAGCAGCUGUUAACUUGUAGGUAUGUGGUUAAGAUGAUUCUUAAAAACAAAUAAGGUUGUCUUUUUUGCCUUACAUUCAGUAGUAUCUUGUCUAUCUUGCAGUGACUUCUUAAACUGCAAGAAAUGUUGGAGAAGAUUUGAUCCAAGGGAUGGCAUUCCAUGGGCUUAUCACAGAUUUGGCCUUACUGUUUUUUAAUAUAUCAUAUUGGUUGUACAUUUUAAAAAAUUUGUGCUUUUUAAAGUAAUGUUUGUAAUAUUCUAAAGUUUACAUAAGCAUUUCUGAUUUGAUGCUAAUCAAAGAGUAUUCACAGAUGGUACAAGGAAAGCCAAUAACAAAUCCCAAGUAGUAAUUCGGUCAAAAGUAAAUAAUGAAAUGUAAUCUAACUCUUCUUUGUUCCCAUUUAAUGAUGAUAUAUUAAUAAUGUACCAUGUGCUGAAUAUUCUGGCAAUAAUAGUAAAUCAAAGCUGCUUGCAACUUAGCAAUAUGACUUUUAGAAUAAAAAAAGCCUUUUCAGAAUUCUUUCAUUUGUUUAACUGUCAGACUUUUAAAUCCUGUCUCAGAUGAUUUUGGUGAUUUACUGUUUUUAAAAAAUACAAUUGCAACUUCAUAGAUACUGUUCAUUUGCUAUUUUGAUCAUUUCAGUAACUCUAGUCUUUGAGGCAUUUUUGUGUUUGUUUGAAACUUACUAUGGAUUGCCAUUUCCCCUUCAAACUAUAUAUCCAACAAAUCAUUAGAUGGAAUUAUCAUUAUUAAUUCUUAGUGUAUCUGUCCAAAAAUCACAACGUAUACAUGGUUGCCUAAUUUCUAUUUGUGAAAUGCCAUUAUUUUAGGUACAUUUAAGUGUUAAACCAUUUGCUUUAAGAAGUUAUCAUUUUUAUAAUUCAGAAACCUCUAUGAUUAAAUUAAAUUUGAUUCCUCAUUGCUUCCUUUAAAAAUUAUUAUUUUUGAAAUGUACAUCUACUAAAUAGCUUCAUUAUUAAAAAUGCACUCAUUGUUAACAUGAUCAGAAUGGUGUGGUUGCAAUAAAAAAUACUGUAUUUUAGGUUAUAUGUAGUCUUAGAACUUGGAUUUAGAAAAACAUGCACGAUACUUUUUUUUUAAUCAAACUGUUUUUCUCCUUUUUUAAAAUUGUGAUUAAGACUGUGACAUAGAUCACUUGACUGUAGCUGACUCUUCUCAGGUAUUUUAUUAAUUAGAAAUUCCUUGAAUGUGUGGUUAAAACUAUGUAUCAUCAAGUCUUUCAGGGGCUGAGUUCACUAAACUGUCUGGCUUAAGUUUAAAACUUCCACAGUGAGCUGUCUAAACAGGGAUUUUUCUUGACAGUCUUGUUAAAGUAGAUUUCCUUUGACUUCAGGUCCCAUCACCAUUAUUCUGUAAUUAUUACCUUUCAGUAUUUCAGUGUGGUAAUGCAUGAACAUUCAAACAUAUACUCCUAGAUGGGCCUCUGAGGUCCCUUCUAGCUCUAGAUCUAUGAUCUUACAUUAUAAUGCAAUUGUAUAGUGGUUUCCAUGCAUGUCUAAAGUAUUUCCACAUCUAGUGCUUCUUGCCAAAAUUAACUUAAGAAGUUGUUUAAAAUUCACAGGGUUAGAAUUUUUUCACUAGUGAAUAUCAAUAAAUAUAUUCACAUUAGACUUUUUCAACAGUAAGUUACUCUAUAAUUCGAUAAGUUUUAUUAGAUGGUCAGAACAAAGCAUUAACUUUAGGGAAGACUAAAAUGUUUUUGAAUAUAUUAAGAAAAAUGUUUUAGUCUUUCUAAAUCAUAUUUAAAACAUAUUAUUGGAGCCAUAAAUAUUUGCUAAAAAGAUAAGAUUAAUUACUAAAAUUUGCCCAUUUGAAGCAAUCUUAAUUUUUUGAACUGCCAUUAAAAGUUGUUAGUAAUACCUGCCGUAGAAUAAUAUUGAUAGUGAAGUAAUUUAUUCUACAAAUUGAAAUGUGAUUUUUUUUCAGUGAUAUUAUUUUAAAAUUUGAUAAUAGUUAUAGUGGAACUAUAAGUCCAACCAUUAAAUCACAUUUUACAUAUCUUUUUAAACUAAAAGAAGGAAUCUUAAUAUUUGAAGUACUGAACUUAUAGGUCCUUUGAGAUACCACUAUAUAGGGAAGAAAAUGGUAAAACUUAGGGGACAGGAUAAAUGAGAUUGCUUAUAGUUUUAUUUAUUUUUUUAAUAUGCCAAAUUAAAUUUUUUUGGCCCAUUCAUUUUUAACAAUUCAAUUUAAAUGUAUUGUGCCUUAGAGCGUUUGGUUUCUUAAGCCUGUCUCAUUUGUUUUUUGGUAAUAUGUGCCUAAUUACAUUAUAUUAUAUAAUGUUUAUUGACUUUUACAACUGAGGUUGUAAACCUGAAUGCUUUUUAAAUUUAAAUCUCAAAAAAUGUCCCUAGAAUGUUUUAAUGACAUUGGAGAAAUGUAUUCCACAAAAUGUUGCUAUUUAAAUCAAACAAUAUUAAAAAAAUUGGGCUUUGGUUUUACAAUACAUAGUUUUUCUUUUAAGUUUUCUGAAAAUAUAAAUCCAAGGUGAUAUGCUUGUGCCAAUCAAAAUACUGUAUGUUGUGAUUUCAUGAUAUCAUUUGAUGUAUCAAAUUCAAAAUUAGGCCAAACCUUUUAGUUUUUUAUGUUUGAUUCAAUUGUAAAAAAUGUCCUUUUUUUUCCUUCCUAGAAAGUACUUUCAGCCAAAGAAUAAAAAAAAAGAGAGAGAAAAGAAAAGGAAGUUUAGGGGGAUGUAAAAUUUUGUUUUUUAAAAUUUAAUUGAUUUAACUUUGUGUAACAGUUUUCUACUAUAUGAUUCCUUUUAGUGGAUUUUAAAAAUACUUUUUCAGUUAGAUUGGGUAAGUAUUUUGAAGUACACAUUUAAAGUUAUAUUCCAUAAAAUCAGUAUUGGGAGUGAUUGGGAAUUAUACUAGUUUAGAUUAUGUCUUAUAAUUUUUGUAGGACAAGGGUUGGGUAAACCAAAACUUCUAAUUUAUUGUUCAAAUCAAUAUAUAUUUUUUCUCAUUGUGGUUUUUCCCUCAGAAUUUAUGCGGAACAAACUUACUAAGUUAUGUUCUUCCAUAUUUUGAAAUUUAAGUUCACCAUUUUGGAAAGCCCUCCAGUUGCCAUUUUCAUAACAUAAUAUAUUUGGAUAAAAGAAAAAAAUCUAGAAAUUUAAGCUAGAUUCUUUCCUUUGCAGAUUUUAAAAAUGUGUGUUCUUUGUAUAUACAGGUAUAAGGAGGAGAUUGAAUUUUAAUGUUAACUAUGAAUUUCUUGAGUCCAUGAAUUUAUCAGUCAAAAAGUGGUAAUGAACAACCCCCCUGAAAUUUUUUUAAGCCACAUUUGUUUUAAUUUUAUUUUUUGAAAUCUAAAAUGAAGAAGUAUUGUUAAGUUCUUUCUUGUUGAAAAUUGUUUUUCCUGUUUUGCUUCUUAAAAAAAAUACUGGGUCAGCCUUGUUUUCUUUUCCCAUUAUUUCAAUACUUGCAAUGUACCCCUGAAGUAGAUCUUUUAUGCUGCUUGAUUUUUUAUGUUAAUUCCUAAAAAAGAAAUUUAUUACCCUGUAUCAAGAUAUACUUAGUUACAUGAUAGUUAGUAAACAUUAAGGGAGUAUAUUGCUAUUAAAGGUUUACAUCAAGGAACAGAUAAGUCCAUGAACUAAACAUAAGUAAAUAUUUAAUAACAAGGUUUGUAGAAAAACCUGUUAUGGUACGAUUUCAAGGCCUAAUAAACUUAUAAUAGAGAUGGAAAUAUAGAAAUGAAUCUGAGGAUUUUGUUUGAACUUUAGAUAUAUUUUCCAACUACCAUCAAGUUAAAUGUUAGACUUGGUGUUGUAAGUAGUAACAUCAUUCGAGGUACAUUUUGCAGACCACUAUCUUUUGCAGUCUCUUUACCUGUACUUGAAUGUAUAUUAGCAUUUUCAAAUGAGAUUUCACUUUUGUGAUAUUCAAGUUUAAAUUGUUUGGUUCCAAAUACCACUACUGUUCAUAUACCAAAAUUUAUUUCUUUUAAGCCUUAAGAGAUUCAAGCAGUGCAUUUUGAGGUUGUAAAAAAUUCUAAUAAUUUAGCCUAUUUUGCCAAUGAUUCUGUUAUGGAAAUUUUCAGUCAAUGAGUAUUAGGCAAUCUACUAUGUGCCAGGCACUGUACACUGAUAAGUCAAAUAAUGGGAUCCAUGGUUAAGAUUUUAAUCCAAUGAGGACAUGAUAAACCUUCUUUGUGACUUUGGUUUUCACAUUAUAGGAUUGUUGCCUAGAUACUGCUUUAAAUCUGUGAAAAAAAUUUUGUCAUAAAGCAAUGUUGUAAUGAACAUGCACCACUCAACAACUAUGCCUGUUUAAUGGUACCAGAAAAAAAAAUGGUUUAGUUCUUAGAAUAUUAUGCAACAUUGCUGCAAAUUGCUAUUUACCAUAUCCUUUGCCUUUUACUUGAAAACAGGUAACUGAAUUGCAAAAUAUUUUAAAUGGCUUUUCUGUACUUUACAGUGAUGAGAGCUUAGUUACCAUAAGAAGCCUUAUCUAAAAAUAUAUUUUGUAACAACCGUAAUAGAUGCUGUAUCAAAUAAAACAUGAUUUGUAUUAGCUCUGUAUAAAAGUAUUUGUGGCUUGGGACUUUUUAUACAUAUAACUUUUUAUAACUCUCCAGGGACUAAAUAUCAUCUGAUAUCAUUGUAAAUUUUACCAUCUGUAUUUUAGUUUGAUUGGCAAUAAAUUAUUUCUAGAAGAGAUCUAAAAGAGGAAAACAUAAUUUGAUUUUAUAAGGUGAUUUAAUUGCUAGUAAAGCUUUUUACUCUUGUACAUACUUUGCAGACAUUUUGCCUUUUGCUAUUAAUAUUUGCCUUGUAAAAAUUACUGACAUUUAAUAAACACAUUUAUAAACCA